UGUCUAGACAAUAGACAUGGUUUGGUUGGUUGUCCAGAUGUGAAAUUCUCCAACCUUCUGGAAUUGGCCAUCGAUUCGACUACUACAAUUAUACAAAUCCCCAAUCAUGUUCUCUUUUCAACAUCUCCCAUGGCAAUGGCUACUCUUUCCCUUCUUUCCUAUUCUUCUUUCAUUGCCAACACUAACACUAACAACAGGAGCAACUUCCUUUUCCCUCUUCAUUCAAAAACCCAUACCCAUACCAAUACCAACCUUUCAUUUUCUUUCUGCUCCAAACGCACUUCCCUCAGCCUCAGGUCCUCCCUCAAAGACCAACAAGAAACCGACUCUUCCUCCUCCUCCUCCCCUUCUACCACGGUUGCCGAUGUUCCUGAGAAUCCGAGCAACGAUGAAGAUUCUACUAAGAAACAACAGGAGCAGGAACAGGAACAGGAAAUGGAUUGGAAAACGGACGAGGAGUUUAAGAAAUUCAUGGGCAACCCUUCUAUUGAAGCUGCAAUAAAACUAGAGAAGAAGAGGGCUGAUAGGAAGCUUAAGGACCUUGACAGGGAAUCCACCGAUAACCCUAUUCUCUCUCUUUUUAACACCUUACUGCGUAAUAAUUUGACCAACGAAAUGGAGAGACUGCAAAAGGCUGAAGAAACUUUCAGGGCUCUUGAUCUUAACAAGUUAAAGAGUUGCUUUGGGUUUGACACGUUUUUUGCAACGGAUGUUCGAAGAUUUGGAGAUGGAGGCAUUUUCAUUGGGAAUUUAAGGAGACCCAUUGAUGAGGUCAUCCCCAAGUUGGAGAAGAAGCUCUCUGAUGCAGCCGGCCGGGAGAUUGUCUUAUGGUUCAUGGAAGAAAAAACAAAUGACAUUACCAAACAGGUUUGUAUGGUCCAACCCAAAGCAGAAAUGGAUCUCCAAUUUGAGUCAACUAAGCUGAGUACUCCUCUGGGCUAUUUUAGUGCAAUUGCAUUAUCCGUUACUACCUUUGGAACAGUUGCUCUGAUGAGUGGCUUCUUCCUUAAACCUGGGGCUACAUUUGAUGACUAUCUAGCUAAUGUUGCGCCUCUAUUUGGUGGGUUCUUAUCCAUUCUGGGAGUUUCUGAGAUAGCCACCAGGGUAACAGCAGCUCGUUAUGGUGUUAAACUCAGCCCUUCUUUUCUGGUGCCAUCUAAUUGGACUGGGUGCUUAGGAGUGAUGAAUAAUUAUGAAUCCCUCCUCCCGAACAAGAAAGCUCUUUUUGAUAUUCCUGUAGCCCGCACUGCUAGUGCAUAUUUGACUUCAUUAGUGCUUGCUGUUGCUGCCUUUAUAGCUGAUGGAAGCUUUAAUGGGGGCGAUAACGCAUUGUAUAUACGGCCUCAAUUUUUCUAUAACAACCCCUUGCUUUCUUUCAUCCAAUUAGUUAUUGGGCCUUACACGGAUGAUCUUGGAAAUGUGUUGCCUUAUGCCGUGGAAGGUGUUGGAGUUCCUGUUGAUCCGCUUGCGUUUGCUGGGCUUUUAGGCAUGGUGGUGACUUCCUUGAACUUGUUGCCGUGUGGGAGACUAGAAGGAGGCCGGAUUGCUCAAGCCAUGUUUGGCAGAAGCACUGCUGCACUGUUAUCUUUCGCCACUUCAUUGUUGCUUGGUAUUGGUGGCCUCAGUGGUAGUGUUCUGUGCUUGGCAUGGGGAUUGUUUGCAACCUUCUUUAGGGGCGGGGAAGAAAUUCCCGCAAAAGACGAGAUCACCCCUCUUGGAGAAAGCAGAUAUGCUUGGGGUAUUGUCCUUGGCCUUAUCUGCUUUCUCACACUUUUCCCUAAUGGUGGAGGGACAUUCUCCAGUCCAUUCCUCAGUGAUCCAUUUUUCAGGGGCCAAAUGUAAAUGAUUAUGUACACACACGUAUUUGACGUCUCACUAGAUAUCUGUAAAUGUAAUUAUGUAUAUUUAUUUUACAUCUUUUCACUAGAACUAGAAUGAUCAUUAUGUGAAGAUCGAGCUAUGUUUCCUUGUCAUAAUAUAAU